AAAUUUCUUUUCGUGUGCUUAGGCAUUGGAGAGAAGUAUUCAACAUGGGAGCCAACCAAACGAGAGUUAGAAUUGCUACGACACAACCCCAAGCGGAGAAAAAUAACCACAAACUGCACCAUAGGUCUACGAGGGCUAAUCAAUCUUGGGAACACAUGUUUUAUGAACUGUAUUGUCCAGGCACUUACCCACACUCCACUGCUGCGAGAUUUCUUCCUCUCCGACAGGCACAAAUGUGAAAUGCAAAGCCCCAGCUCAUGUCUGGUCUGUGAAAUGUCUACGCUUUUUCAGGAGUUUUACUCUGGGCACCGAUCUCCUCACAUUCCAUAUAGGUUAUUGCACCUGGUAUGGACUCAUGCACGGCAUUUAGCAGGGUACGAGCAACAAGAUGCACACGAGUUCCUCAUUGCUGCAUUAGAUGUGCUACACAGACACUGCAAAGGUGAUGAUAAUGGGAAGAAGGCCAACAACCCCAACCACUGUAACUGCAUCAUAGACCAAAUCUUCACAGGCGGACUACAGUCUGAUGUUACCUGUCAAGUCUGCCAUGGCGUUUCCACAACGAUAGACCCAUUUUGGGACAUCAGUUUGGAUUUGCCAGGUUCUUCCACCCCGUUCUGGCCUCUGAGUCCAGGGAGUGAUGGCAGUGUCGUAAAUGGGGAAAGCCAUGUAUCAGGCACCACCACUCUCACAGACUGCUUGCGAAGGUUUACAAGGCCAGAACAUCUAGGAAGCAGUGCCAAAAUCAAAUGUAGUGGUUGCCAUAGCUACCAGGAAUCUACCAAACAACUCACUAUGAAGAAAUUACCCAUUGUGGCCUGUUUUCAUCUCAAACGGUUUGAACACUCAGCCAAACUGAGGCGGAAGAUCACUACGUAUGUCUCAUUUCCACUGGAGCUGGACAUGACACCAUUCAUGGCUUCCAGUAAAGAGAGCAGAAUGAACGGGCAGUACCAGCAGCCGACGGAUAGUCUAAACAAUGAUAAUAAGUAUUCCUUGUUUGCAGUAGUUAAUCACCAGGGAACCUUGGAGAGUGGGCACUAUACCAGCUUCAUCCGGCAGCACAAGGACCAGUGGUUCAAGUGUGAUGAUGCCAUUAUCACCAAGGCUAGCAUUAAGGAUGUACUAGACAGUGAAGGAUAUUUGCUGUUCUAUCACAAACAGUUCCUGGAGUAUGAAUAGCCUUAUCCAGCAGCUUGUCAGAUAUAAACAAGGAAGAAAAUAAGCAAGCCUUCUGAAUCGACACACAAACCUACCUGAAAUAAAAGACCCAUUAAAAAACAACUAGCACUGAGCUGUAACAGGACCUACUUGACACUGGCUCCAAGCCUGGCGGAGUGAGAAAUGAACAAUGUCCAACGUGUAUGCGGUCCCGCAAGGACAGAAAGGGGGAAAAAGGAGGCUGCAGUCAGUCACUUAUCAGAGGAAAUACACAAUGACAGGAAUGCUCUGGGUGGGGGAAAUGGGAGCAGAGGAGUCCGGGCACUGGUACAUCUCCUAUGUUCCUCCAAAACGUGUGUGGGAAGGCGAGGGGGUGUACUCUCAUCUCCAUAAAGCAUCUUCUCCAUUGGUGCUUCAGCUCCAACGACCAAUCAUAUAACAGUUAAAAUUAAAAAAAAAAAAUCCAAGCCCAUUUUUUAUGCAUAUGGAUCUGAAAGCAGUAGAGUGGAGGAGGAGGGAAUGACACAACUAAAGGACUUUGCAAGUAUCUUUUUAUUUGUGAAUUUUAGUUAUUAAAUAAAUACAGUAUGAAACUAUUAGGCUCUUUUUUUUCCACCAACAAAAGAAAUCCUGAAUUGUGGAACUGAAGCUGCAGUACAGACAGGUUUCCAAGCAUGCCUGCUUGCACAGGUAAUGUUCAAUGCCAUCGGACUGCUCAUCCAAAGCAUCAGCACAGAUUCAUUUCUGUUUGAGCCCUUUGUUUUGUUUUCUAUAAAUAGCUAUUUUCUUAAUUUUUUUCCUUUUAUUCCCUUUUUUUUUUUUCCACAAGAAUGAAAUUCAUAAAUGCAACCAUCAGUAAAAUGACUGAAUUGGUGUGUUUAUACUGUAA